AUGGCUGGGCCGCCUGCCCGCCGGGGCAGCCCUUCUCCUCCUCCUCCUCCUCCGGCAGCAGCGGCAGCGCCCGGGCCGGGCCGGACCGAGGGAGCCCCGAGACGCGGCGGCAGCACCGCGCCCGCUCCGGCCUCCCGGGGCUGCGGGGCGAGGGAAGGGGAGGGACGGGGGAGCGGUGUGUGUGUGUCUGUCUCUCACGCACAACAACCAGCCGGAGUAGAGCGGCGAGCGGGACUGAGGCGGGAGGUUCCCCCCUUCCUCCUCCUCCUCCUCGCCGCCGCCGAGUCACACGAACAUCGGGAGAGACGACAGGGGCGGCCGCCGCCCCGCCGCAACUUCGGCUCCGGCGUCCCAGGGCAGGAUCCAGCCACCGCCCCGCGCCCCUGGCACCGCCCCCCGCGCCGCCGGGACCCUCCCGCCGGGGAAGGGCCGCGGGGGGCUUCCCUCCCUCCUUCCCCUCCCCGCUCCUCUCCUCCCCUCGCCCCGCCGCCGGGCCGAGCUCAGCGCCGGCCGCCGCGGCUGCCCGGGAUCGCUCCUUCCCCUUCCUCCUCCCCCCGCGCCGGGAGGAGGGGAUCGGCCAGCGCUCCUGCCUCCCUCCCCUCAACCUCCGGGGGGAGCCGCAGCCGGGUCUCGCCCCGGGGCUGGGGCCGGCUCCUCGCCCUCCCGCCGAGCGUGGGAGGGGUUUGCCCUGCUAUUCACCGCGUCGUGCGUGUGUGUGUGCGUGUCCCGCCGCCCCCAGCCCACUUUUCUCCACAGCACCAACCGCCACCGGCCGGCGGCACCUCCCGCCCCGCCCGCCCUCCGCACCGCCCCGAGCGGGGGAGCCACGGCGCGGCCGCUCCCCGCCGCCACCCCCCUCACGAAACUCCGCCGGAGCCCUGUUCAAACAACAGGGAGAGGGAAGGGGACGGCGCUUCCCAGAGGGAUCCUGGGAGCUGUAGUCGGCGGGCGGCGGGGACUGCGGCGGCGCGGCCGUGA